CCAAUGAAAAUUCUUUUCAUCUGAAAUUUCUAUAUCCGGCUGGAAAAUUGAGAAUUCCGCAAUUUAUUUUAAACACAUUUAAAGGUCAACAAAGUAGAUUAUUACAAUCGCAAAUUCAUUACCAAGCAUUUUAAUUUUGUGAUCUGACGCAAGUAUUCGCAGUGGAUACUCUAAAGGCCGCAGGUGACAUGUGUACCUCGGGGGAGACGUGGCGCGGGGUGCCGCGGUCUCCGUCCCACGAGAGCGUGACCACGGACCUGUCUCUGUUCAGUGUCAGCUCUGCCGCCUCCGAUGCCAAAGUCCUGAGGAUGCUCGCCUGCAAGGCGGGCCAGGGUCCUGAUCCCACAUUGAGGGUAGCCAGCCCCAACCCAGACAGCAAAAGUUUAUCAAAUAAACGUCUCUCCACAUCAACGCUGCCCAACCAAGUGGACAGUUGCCGCUCCCUGCUAGCGGGGUGCUCGGCGCUGGGCGCUGCACUCGGCCUGCGCAGGUCGUUCAGCUCCGGAGACAUUGCUGCAGAGAGAGAUGCACCAGAAAUAGUGAGGAACUGCAGCUCGGAGGUGGGUCUGGGCGGCGCGUUGCAGCGGGCGCUGGCGGCGGCGUCGCGCUCCAGCUCGGCGUGCGCGGCCGCCGGGGACCUGCCUGUAGCGCCGGCGCCGCCGCCACGGCAUGUGGCGUUGGUUAGCAGUAAGAUCCGUCAGAGCUACAUCAAGAAGCGGCUGCUGUCCACGUACCGCGCGCUCGAGCGACUCUCGCAGUCGGAGUUCAAUCUCGAUAAACUAGAGGCGGCGGCAGUGUGCGCGGUGGCGGGCGCGGGCCCCACCACGCUGCUGGUGCCCCCACUCAAGCCGCACUGCCGGUCCGUGCACCCAGAAGCGGCAAACCUGGCGUUGACGGCGGCAGAUCUAGAAAGAGAGCGCGGGCGCCCUCUGUCGAAAUACGAGCGAAACAUGAUGAUCUUCAACUGGCUCCACACGCUGGACGAAGCUCAGCCUUUCUAGAACAUUCUAGACACUUCUUGAUUCCAGUAGCUUAU